AAUUUUGUAACGUAAUUUUAACGAACGUCAUCAAUUCCACUGCUUAUAAAAAUGCUGGAUGACAUUAUUAUACUAUUUUAUUCGUUUGGUUUGCGUUGGUUAUACAAUUCUCUUGGACGAUAUUUUCGUUUUGCAUUACCAAAAUGGUUAUCAAAAUGAAGGAAAAUGUUGAAAGUGACUUUAAUCAAGUGAGAUUUAACCUGUAAGCUCGCUACAUUGAAACCACUUGUUGUUAAGAUAGAUUUCAUUUGGUAUCAACAUUGUUCUUGUCAUUGUUUGUAGGUUUAUAGCGAAAAUGUUUGUCUGGGAUUGGUUUACGGGAAUGUUAAACUAUUUAGGUAAGUCCUGGUAGAUAAGUGUAUACAACAUACUAUCAAAGUUGUUUAUGCUUUAAUAUGUAAGGUUGAAGCUGAGAUACCAUACAUGUAAUACACUUGUAGAUAAUUAACAACUUUAGAGCACAGUUAAUUCAGACUGUAUGGCGAAUGAGAUUUUAUGGUCCAUCUUGUUUGACUUAUUGUCAUGUACCUGUAGUUUUGUUAAAAUAAUUGAGUUAAACCCAUGUAACAUGUUGCCAUACAGUUUGUAACAAAUCUAGGACAUGUACAUGUAUCACCAUGAUAAAAAUAUUAGCAUGACUUCAAGGAUUAUUAAAUAUGAAUGUAGAUAACAAUCCUGAUUCUUAGUUAACUGUACUUUUGAAUAGCUUAGGCUUGUCCCAAGACAACUUUGCAAAAAAAAAAAACAGAACAAAACAAAACAAAACCAAACCAAACAAAAACAUAAAAAUCUGUAGUGCAUGUGGGUACAUACAUGUAAUAGGUAUGUGUCUUACUAUAAUUCACAUUCAUGGAUACAACAUUGUCAGCCAAAAUUCUAUAUCACCUGUUAUAGUCACAAUGUAAGGCAUUUUGCCAGCUCAAACACAAAGAAAUAUUUGGUGAAUGAGCCAAUCUCCAGAGCUUGAGUGAACCAAGGACAUGCAAAGUUUACUAUUCCUGUGUAAACUUAGCACAAAUUGUGUCUUAUGAGGUAAUGGAGUAAAACAAAUUUAACGAGACAAACUCCUGUACACAUGUACAUUACAACUGCAUACAUCCCAUUGCUCUGAAGAAAUGCCUAUUUUUAUGAAGACUCAAGUCUUCUUGUGGGCUUUAAAGGUAUUUAUCCUACAAGAUGUGCAUGUACAUGUAUCCUUCUUUUCAGACUAAAAAACGCGGCAUCUGUUUUUUCUAAUCUUUGGGGCUGUGAUAUUGAAAUUGUGAAAAAUAAACUCAUGGUCAUAUGGGGUAUUGGAACAAUCUAAUGGAAAUUGCAGUUGAACCUUGAUAAUGCUAAUCGUAACUGUCUUGUGAAGGUGAUCACAGUGCCAACUUGUGUUUUGAUUCCUAAAUAUGGGACACUUCCUGACUUUCUGGUUUAUACAGUACUCUAAUAUACUUCUGGGAUGAAAAACUGUGAUAUUCAUCUGUAUAAUGUGUUUGUCUACAGGUUUAAUGAAAAAGAGUGGAAAACUAGUAUUUUUAGGAUUAGACAAUGCUGGCAAAACAACUUUACUUCACAUGCUGAAGGAUGAUCGUAUGGCACAACAUGUUCCAACACUUCAUCCAAGUAUGUUGCUUUUUGUCACUCGUGCAGUUUAUAACUAAUAAGGCUCAGUUCAUAUGCAGUGCUUCAGACGUACCAAACUUUUAUAUUCUUGAAUCAAGUUUGGCAAUAGCAUAGCAGAAGCACAACCUCGGAAUCAAAGUUUUGAAUUUGGUUUGGCAGGCAAUCGAGUUCGACAAGGUCUUUCAAUCAUGCUGUACAACUCUGACACAGCAAUGAUUCUGACAGACAUCAUGCUUGCACUGUGUUGAACUACAUUCAUAAAUGUCAGAAAUACAUGUAUACAUGUAUCUUUUUUUGUUUCAUUUACAGCUGACUCUAUAAAGUAACAUAUUUCGUCUGAAUUGAAGUGGUGCUUCUGUGAUCCUUUAAUUCCAAUUGAGUUUAGCAUGGCAGAAGUGCAACAUAUGAACUGGGCCUACAUGUGUGCGUGGUAACCCUAUUUUUGUGCAAAUUAAAGGCAAAGAGUGUACACAAUAAACUUGAAUUUUUCUAAUUUUGGUUGAAUCUGCAGCAUCACAGGAGUUGUCAAUGGGUGGCAUGACUUUCACAACAUUCGACUUAGGAGGCCAUAAACAAGGUAUGACCAAGUUUAUAAUUUUAGAAUUGACCUUUGUUUGUUUAGAAUGUAUUGUGGGAGGAUCAAUCAAUCUCCAGUGCCAUGAAAUUUAGCUUUUACAAAGUAAGUUGCUUUUGUGUGGCAGUUGUGUUGAACAGCUUUGAAUAUCACAUUUUCAAACUUGCAAGCCAUGAUUGAAUACAUGUAUACUGUGCUUCUAUUUAUCCUUGUUUUAAAUUAUAUUUUUAUUUUCCUUUGUUUGGUGGUUUGCAAGUGUGUGACAUGUACAUGUAGACCACCUUUAGACUUUGCCUUUCAAGUUUUUCGUUGUACUUUGUACUCUUUAUGUUGGAAGGGGAAUUAUGUUCAUGUCCAUCUGAAAACACACAUGUACUUGUAGUGCAGUAGUCCUGUGUUUCCGGCAGUGAUUUUUUUUACCUCUGUGUCCUGUGUCCCUGGUGUAUAAAAAUCUCCAAAGAUGCAAAAUAAUUAUUCUUUGACAUGGCAUGUGUCCCAUAGGAUGCAAAGAAUGGUCUUUGUUGUUUAAAGAUGCAUACACAUAUUUACUUUAGUCAUUUUUGUGCUUUAAAUAUAUAGAAGGACUAUGUAUUAAUUUCAGUAACUGUAAUAAACAGUUUUGGUGUCUGUCUCCAGAUUAACUGUGUGGUUAUGUACAUAAAGGUCCAAGCAUUUUCAAUUUAGAACUCCUUGUUUUUUUGAGUUGGGACUCAUUCGUUAUGGACGGGAACUCCUGAGUUUUCACAAGUUGAAUGCCAGGACUCACCUGUUUGUAACAAAAUCACUAUUCCAUUCAGUUUUCAAAAAAUCUCUUAGUUAUACAACACUGUAAUUCUAUGUGCAAUAAUUUUCCAUUAAUCCAAAGUCACUGGAUCACUUUCAUUUGAGUACAUGUGGUGUAUAGGUACAUUGUAGUGUAAGUAAAUGUACAUGUAAUUCAAUAAUUUUUGUUUUCAUGGUAGCUCGUCGGAUUUGGAAAGACUACUUCCCAGCUGUUAAUGGAAUAGUUUUCAUCAUUGAUUGUGCUGAUGGAGAGAGACUUGCUGAAUCUAAAGCUGAACUUGAGGUAGGUCAGAUAUUCUGAUCAUAUAGCCAUCUUCUUUUCUGUUUAGUUUAAUUUUUUGAAAUAAUUAGAUAAUAAUUAAAGUGGGGAAAUUUAGCAUAAUACAAUAUAUGUUUGUAGGCUUUUUUCUUUGGCUCCAAGUUUACAUUAUUUUAAUUUAAUGUUUUUGUUCAAAUACUUGGAUAAAAAAUAGUGCAUUCAGAUGUUCCUCAUAUUAAAACGUUAAUGAACUGUAAAAAGAUAAAAAUGUUGUGACGUUCAACUGCAAGUCAUUAUGAAGUAAAAAAAUGUGUCUGUUGCAAAAUAUAAACACUCAAUAAAUGAUGCAGGCUAAUAUAAAUAAAUUUUAUUCUCAAGAAUGUUAGUUCAGACAAAGAGUUUUACACAAAUGGAAGCGGGCUAGUGUUCAAGCUUGGAUUGAUUUCUUUGUGAAGAGCAUCUCAUAUAUCGGGCAUUCAAACUUGGUUUGGAGCUUUUGAAAUUGCAGAUUUGACUUUCUUUGGGGUUAUUUGCACUGUAAUUGCCCAUGAGUUUCCACAAGGUGUUUACAGAUAGCUAAGUUUUCAUUUUCAGCAAUGCAUUGGUGGAGAUGUUGGGCUGUAUAGCCAACAUACACCCGUAAUUGGCUUAGCACAAAUCACAUGGAGUGAACCUUGCAUUUGUUGGUUGCAAUUCUGGUUUAGUAGCUAAUUUGGCAUUCAGAUUUCUGUAUGAUUUAGAUUUGAAUUUAAAGAGUAAAGGUUAAGCAAACAUAAUUUUUCAUCUUAUCUUGCUUUGCUUUUGUCAUAAGAAAUGUGCCAAAUUGACUUCUGUCCACAAUAUUUUCAAACAAUCAAAUCCAAUGAAUUGCGCCAUACUGUGAGCUGCAACUAAAAAACUGAAAACUGGCUACCAUAAUUAUUUCCCCAGUUGGUUGCCAAAAGGUGACCUGAGGAAUUUCUUUGGAUUAUUUUGAGUCAUGUUAAUAUUGUUGUUGUUGUUGGUAUUAUUAUUAAUAUUAUUAUUAUUGUCGUUAUGGUUUAUGUUGUAUUUAUUCAGCUGUAAGCUGAGACCGUGUUGUUACAAGACUUAAGCUACCUUAAAACAUGACAUUUUGGAAAAAAAUGUGACUUUGUCUAGGAAAACGUACAAUUAUUGUUGUUUUGGUUUUUCACAGCUACCAGUUUUUCCUCAUGUUCUCCUUGUAUUAUGCUUGAAAUGAUCACAUACAGUGUAAAUCGUCUAGUAGUAGUAGUAGUGAAUUUUAUUAACAUGUCAAGAAUCUCUAGAGCAUAGCACUAAUUGGUGACAUAAAAAUAAAAAUCAAAUAAAUCAAAUAAAUAAAUAAAAAUCAAAUAUUCGAAUAGUGUUAAAACAAGUCUGUGCUUAGUAACCAGGCAAAUGUUUCGGAGCACAUGUUAGACCAAACAUGGUGAAUUGUUUACACAUUUCUUGACAUCUUUCAUUUGACACCUUCCCUUGUUGUAAAAGGUUACUAAUGUGAGAUUUACAGCUGUAGUUGUGAGACCUGUUUUUGUCAGAUAAUUAUUGUGACAAUUUGGGACCGAAUUUCUGUGCCUAGUUAGCUUAACAUUCAGAUGUGUAUUUUUGUGAUCGAUUGGAUCAUUUGCUGUUAUUUGCUCGGCUUAUAAGUGAAUACAUCCCCAUUUAGAAGCAUUUCAAUGCACUAAAAAUUUUUUUGGGUCAAAACCUCUUGGCUAUAAGCCGAGACCCCCUCUUGGGCUCAAACUUCACUGAACUUUAGCUUCAAUUUGUGUAAAAAUCGCCCGGCUCAUAGCCGAAUAAAUACGGUAUUAUUAGUACCAUGUAUAAUUUUCAACAUGGUGAAAAAAGCUGACAUUUAGACAUGCUAAAGGGUAAACAAGCUGAUUAGCAGACAGGCUGACACCUUGACAUCUGGACAGGCAGACUGCAAACAUGCUGAUCCACAGAUGUGCAGACAUACAUACUUACACAAAGUCACACUGCCAUGCAGAAAAUUGCUGACAACCAGACCGCCUUACCUGCAGUCCGAAGUUGUUGAACCAUAUUACUAUACAGUGUUCUGAACCUGAAUUAUACUUUGAAACUGUACAGAGCUUGUUGGCAGAUGAGCAGUUGGCAAGUUGUCCUGUACUUCUUCUUGGUAACAAAAUCGACAUACCAGGAGCAGCCAGUGAGGAUUAUAUUAGACAAUACUUUGGCCUAUAUGGUCUUACAACAGGAAAGGUAAUACAUGUAUGCUCAAUCAUCUGAAAACACUGAAUGUUUAUCUAAGUACAGUAGUUUGUUUCUAAAAUAAAAUGACUGUACAUGUGUAUCUUUCAUAAUUAUUUUAUAAUUGAGUUCUUUUUGUAAAUGUCACAUGCCACUUUAUCUCCAAACUAGUAGGGAAAAAGAAUCAAAAUGGUAAGGCCAUAUAGGAUUAUGAUCUUCAGAAUAUUUGAGAAUACAAUCGUUGGUUAAAUGUAACUUGUAUGCGUUCUUGCAGGGAAAUAUCGCCGCCAAAGAUCUCCAAGCGCGACCAAUGGAACUGUACAUGUGUAGUGUGUUAAAGCGGCAAGGAUAUGGUGAAGGUUAGUUCUCUCAUGAAAUACACUUUGUAAAUUAUGCAUAAACCAUGAAUUGCUCUACUUGAACAUUGUCUAAGGCUACAUGUACAUAUGUACAUGUAUGCUCACUAUGCUCAACCUCAUGUGCCAACUCAAAAACCAUACUGGGUAGGGCAUACAGUGUACACUGUACAUGCAAUAACAGUGAUUUCAAUAUUAUUUUUGCAAUGCAGCUAAGCUGCACUGCGAUUGUCCAAGUGAGGACAGGUACUGUAUUUGGACUAUGGGGGAGUAAAUGAGUAGGAGUGAGGCUGGGACGCAAGUAGACGAAAGUAGGGAAAAAGUGGGAUUGGGAUUAAGGGCACUUUACUGUCUCAGCCAACUGCUUGGGCAUGGUACUGGAUAGCUUUUCUUGCAACAAAAAAAGCCGUCCAUUUUGGUGUAGUUAUAGCCUGAGGCCUUAUUUAUAAUGGAGAAAACUUGUUCCAGGAAGAAGGGUCACUCAUCUUCCUGUUACCCAGUUUUUUGCUACCCCAACUUUUCCUGCAUUUCCUCAUAAAACUUGGAAACUGUUUAAAUGAGAAACAAAAGGUUGGUUCAGCCAAAAGGGUGACCUACCUAACAGGGUCACCCUCCUGGUUGGGCAUACUUUUCUCCCUAUGCUGUAUAAACACUUUGGUUUGCCCAGCCAGGUCAACUCGUCAAAGGCCAAACAAUCAAACCAUGCAUGAGUUCUGUCGUUGGCUCUUGGCUUGGGCAAUGGGUCAUGGUUUUUUCUCAUAAUAGUGUGCAAAUGCUUCCAGGGACAACUUUUCUGUAUACAAUGUAUAAACAGGGCCUUAUUAUUUUAAAGCGUACCAAACAUGUGAGAUGCAUAAUAAUUAAUAAACACGUGUAGAUCUUAUGUUGUAAACUAUCUAUGACCGUGCCAACCGCUCUGGGAAGGUUAUCACUUCCUAGAAGUAACGUCUUUAUAUGCACAGCAUACCAUACAAUGUAAAUUCUUCAGGGGUAGAAUAUUACAUUUUAUUAAAUUUUCAACCUCAGGUAAUGCAUUUCUAGCAUUCUGAUUGGUUCGCUCAAUCUCGAUUAUCAGCUCGUAUACCUUAGUUUGACCUUUAAUAUAUGGAAAUCAACAAAAUUUCUCUUGGACAAAGCGCGGAAAAAAGUAGGUUUUGUGAGCUUUCCUUACAAAUUUAAAGAAAUUAUAAGUCCUUGAGCUUAAUUCUUUGGUACAUCGAGCUAAUUAUGUAACAACAACAACAAAGUUUACCUACAAAAUUUUCAGAAUGGCUUUCAAGUCCAUGCAGGAGUAACUUUUCAAAACCAUUAGCAGGUUUUUUGUAUGUUUAAAGAGUUUUUGCACUUCUUAACACUUUCACAAGUCCAUAACAGGCCUCAAGUGAAUAUUACAACGAAUGGUUUUCCAUUGAACAACAACAAUGAAUUGAUUAAUGAAGCUGGGUCUUUGUGAAGCUCCGAUUCAGUGGAGGAAGAAAACGAAAUUGAAGAGCAAUCAGGUCAACCUGUCCAGCGUCAAAUUCCACAGUCACAGCGAGGGAAAGCAAAAACAGUACUUCUUGGGAAUAAUUUAAGCACAGCAUCCUUCCCUUUUAGAUUUUUCAUUCAACUAAGUUCACAAACGAUGCACAUGUCAUGUAAUUUUCUCUUGGUUUACCAAAGUUACAUUGGUCGUUUUUCUAAUAUUUGAAAUUCAGUUGUAAUAACCAGACGUUUUGAGUCUAAAAAAAUUUAAUUAAACAAUUAUUCCAUUCGUGCUUGUUGGAUGUAAGAUAGUUAUAGCCAACUCAUAUCCAACGCGCGCUCAUGGAAUAAUUGUUAAGUAUUAUUUUAAUUCAGAGGAACAUUUGUAAUGAUGUCUUUCUUUGAUCACCCAGGUUUCAGGUGGCUGGCUCAAUACAUAUAGUCUUACUUGUGAGACUUUGACUUACAUGUAAGGAACAGAAAAAUGUUAAUUCACUCAGCAAGUACACUGUGAGGAGAAACAAACAUGGAGGAUGUUGAGUCAAGCUCAGAACAUUGUAUUAACAGUAUGAACAAAGAAAGAAAGUUCAUCUCCUCAGCAAAGGCUACUAAACAAUUUAUCAGACUGAUCAGUAUUUUCUUUUUUGAUUGAUUCAAUGGUUGAUGCCAUUUCGAAGCUAUAAUGAUACCAGUUUGCAUCAAGAAUUAAAGGUUAUUUUGUGCAAUGUGUAAUAAUUAUUAUCUCACAUUCUACACUCAAAAUAACGUUUGACCACUUAGGUUGACAUUGUUUGGGAUUUUAGCAUAGAAAUGGCAUCAAGAGUCCUUUACAUGUUAGCUCUAGUCAGAAAUGGUAAUUGAACACAUAGAUUGAUAUUAAUUUAGGAAACUAAGUGUAAUUUAGUUCAUUUUUGUUUGCUUUUUUUGUUCUUGGCCACCUCCAUUUAUCAUAGCCACUCAAGGGAAGGAUUUGGGAGCCAUGGUAAAGUUUCUGAGAAUUCCUGCAAAAAUUGGUAUGUUAGAGGUGCUGGAUGAAUUACAAUGAAACCACUUUCUUGCAGCUUACUGUUUUGUUUCACAGAAUACCGUAUUUAUGCGAAUAGGCGCCCAACCUCGAAUUAGCGCCCACCUUGAAUAAGUGCCCAUCCUAAAAGCAGAAAAAGUUAAUAAGCGCCCAGCCUUGAAUAAGCGCCCACUCCCACUCCACCCCCUUUCCCCUCAUACCCCAAAAAUUGAAUAAGUACUAAUAAGAGACUUCUCCGAAGACGGAGUUUUCUUCAGAGUAUUUUACAGAAACCUUGCUUUGUUACAUCUUCGCGUUUUGUUUUUACUAUUUAUUGUUUUGUUGCAAAAUAAACAUACUACACUUGCUGAAAAUGUUGAAAAUUUAAUAAGUGCCCACCUCGAAUAAGCGCCCACUCUCAAGGUCCAAAAAUUUAAUAAGCGCCCAGGGCGGUUAAUCGAAUAAAUACGGUAGUAGUAUGUACAGUGCCAAACUCGGGAUAACCUAGCUCCUUAAAGGACACAACUAGUGCAAAAAACUUACAAAUCCUAAACACCUGUACUCAUCAAAAUUUACCAAUUCCUCCCUCUGGACUCCACAAAUCAUAAUAUUGAUAAUUCAAGUUAUUAAAGGUGAAACUGUCAUGGAAAACGUUGGCUUAUUCAUAACCUUGCCUUGAUGUGGUCUUACAUUUUUGGGGGGGAAGUGGUUAGUGAGGUUAACAAAAUAGUAUUUGCAUAAAUGUAGGCAUUUAAAUGGCUUCGGCAUGAAAUCAUUAUUGUUUUGGCCAUCUUUUUAACAGUGAACAAGAAGAACGUUAUAGCUUCUUGUUGCGCACAUGGGUCUGUUCAUCCUCCUUCGACAUUGUGCUUUAUAGUGCUGAAUGAAUUAGGUGGUGCUGCAUUAGUGAUGAAGGGAAACACAAAAACGUGGUUUCAUAAACUAAGAUGACAAAACAUUUGUUACUACAAUAAGAUUCAAAAGCUGUGAACCUACUCUUCAGCAGAUUGAAUCAAGGACUGGUGGGUUGUUACAUACAUGUUUUUAUGAACAAAUAUAUAGUUUUCGGUCAACGAACUUAUUCUUGCUUUUUCAACUUACCGUGUUUCAUCAAUAGUACAGUCUACCCAAAAUACAACCGACAGUUCCUUGAAUUCCUCUGACAAAGGACCAGUACCCGGAAACGUCUUUUAAAUCUCUUUGUAGUGGCCAUUCAAAUGUUUGUGUUCUUCUUCACACUGCUAAGCAAUUAAUGUUGCAGAAGGUGAACCUGUAACUGACUGAAAAAUUAAAAAUGUUUUUAUUUCACUUAUUUUUCACAAUCAACUUAGUAUAGCUUGUUCCACUUUUUAAAAUAAUAUUGAUGUUCAUUUUGCAAUAAUUAUUAUUUUUCCAUUGUUCCUGUAAUUUUAAAAUAAUAUUGUUCUUUGUUCAUUUUGCAUAAAUGUUUUAUUCUUUUUUCCAUUGCAAAUGGGGCGACAAUCAAAAAGCAUUAUGGUAUGUUAUGGUAUUUUCUGGAGUGGCCAAUUAUAGAGAUUCUCCAGACAGGUGCGGUACAAGUAACCGAUGCUUCUCUUCCCUUUCCAGUUCCACAUUUCACAGUAUGAUGUUCAGUCAUGAUCUAAUGCAACUUACAGAUGUUUUUCUUGUCGCAAUUUGUAGUAGCAACUGCACCCUGUACGAGAUUUAUACCUCUGGGGCGGAUAAAUUAUGUUGGCACUUGGAAAUGAGAUUAAAUUUAGCCAAUAAAGUAGUUACCUAAAGUAUUCUACUUAUCAUUCUUUGUAGGAGAAUUUCUUAGAAACCGUGACCUUUGCCGUCCCGUAGAUCGACUCUAAGCUUUGGGAAAAUAGAUAACAGGAAAGCGACUUUCAGAGAUUAUACCCAGUGGAUUAUGUUAUUCAUGUUAGGGAACAACUCUCUUUAUGGACACCACAACAGACACCUGCUCUCUACAACAUGGAAAUCUCUUCUAAGUGAGACUCGGCAGUGUCCUUGUUAGUGUGAUCGACAGAGUUGACUUUCUUGGUGUACUGUGGUGUUGGAACUGGAAUAGUAUUACUUGUGUUCACCUGACUUGCCCAUUUAAAUUAUUGUGAGAGGGCGGGCUUCGCUUAGGGCAAGCUGA